GCUAUCUAAAAACUGAGUGAUCCAGAACCCUACAAAUGUUCUCAUCACCAAAAUAUUACACAUCAAAACUGACGAAGAAUUUAAUAUCAAAUCGUUGGUUUUCAAUCGGAAAAUUAUAUGAUGUGAUAGUGAUUGGUGGAGGACAUGCAGGAAGUGAAGCUUGUGCUGCUGCAGCAAGAAUGGGAGCUAAAACACUUUUAAUAACUCAUAAGAAAGAGACUGUAGGUGAAAUGUCUUGUAAUCCUUCAUUCGGUGGGAUAGGAAAGGGACACCUCAUCCGAGAAGUUGAUGCUCUAGAUGGAAUCUGUGGAAAAAUAUGUGAUAUAUCUGGAAUUCAAUAUAAAAUCUUGAAUCGUAGAAAAGGUCCAGCAGUGUGGGGCUACAGAGCGCAAAUGGACAGAAAAUUAUAUAAAAAAAAUAUGCAGAAUGAAUUGUUCAAUAAUACUCCUAACUUGGAUGUUCUUGUUGGUGGGGUCGAAGAUCUGGUAGUAGAGCAACCCAAUGAAGAAGACGCUUUACAAAUUAGUUCACUUAUAUGUCGGGGAGUAAUAAUGGAUGAUGGAACAAAAGUUCAAUCCAAAAGUGUUGUUAUUACUACAGGAACAUUUUUGAAUGGACAUAUAAAUAUCGGUUUGACAAUCAUUCCAGCUGGAAGAAUUGGAGAUAAACCAGCUAUUGGUCUUGCCAAAACUCUUUCAUCUUUGGGACUAAGAAUGGGUAGACUGAAAACUGGUACUCCACCACGACUCAAGGCUGAUACAAUUGAUUAUAAUAUUUGUGAGGUGCAAGAAGGAGAUGAUCCACCUCUACCUUUUUCAUUCAUGAAUGAAGAAGUUUGGAUUAAGGCCAAAGACCAAUUAAACUGCCACAUAACUUACACAACACCAGCCCUAGAAAAAAUAGUAAAAGAUAAUCUACAUGUGAAUAGGCAUGUGAUGGAAGAGAUUAGGGGGCCAAGAUACUGUCCUAGUAUAGAAUCAAAAGUUCUGAAAUUCAGUGGCAGAAGUCAUCAAGUUUGGCUUGAACCUGAAGGUUUCGAUUCUGAUUUAGUUUAUCCAAAUGGACUUUCUUGUACUUUACCAGCUGAACUACAGGUAGACUUAAUCCAUAGCAUCCCUGGUUUGGAAAAGGCAGAAAUUGCAAGACCUGGUUAUGGAGUUGAGUACGAUUAUGUUGAUCCCAGGGAAUUGAAGACGACACUAGAAUUGAAAAAGGUUGGAGGACUUUUUCUUGCUGGACAAAUAAAUGGAACAACUGGAUAUGAAGAAGCGGCAGCACAAGGAAUUGUAGCAGGAAUCAAUAGUGCAGCUCUUGCACUCAACAGAAGUCCUCUAGUUUUAAGUAGGACUGAAUGUUACAUAGGGGUUUUGAUCGAUGAUUUGACAACAUUAGGAACUAAUGAACCUUAUAGAAUGUUUACAUGUCGAUCAGAGUUCCGAUUGACCUUGAGACCUGAUAAUGCAGAUCAAAGAUUGACUGGCCGAGGUUACGAAGUGGGUUGUGUAUCUAAAGAGAGAUAUGAUAAAAUGAAGAAAGUAUCAGAAGAAUUGGCUAAUGGAAUUGCCUUGCUGAAAGAAACAAGUAAGCCCUGUUCCCAUUGGAGCAAGCUAUUAAGUGCAACUCCAGUAAAGAGUCAUGCAAUGAAAAGGGCUUUUGAUAUAGUUGACCUGAAUAGAGGCAUUACAAUAGAAAGACUAGCAGAAGUGGUCCCCGAGUUCAAACCUCUCACAGAAAACAAGGAAAUACUGAAUCGUCUACACAUUGAAACUAUUUAUGAAUUUGUCAGUAAGGAACAGAUGCAAGAAAUAGAACUUCUGAAACGAGAUGAGAGUUAUAAACUUCCUGAGAAUUUGGAUUAUAACAGCAGCAAAUUGCAAUUGAAAUUUGAGGAACGGGAGAAGUUAGCAGCUGUACAACCUCAGACUAUUGCUGCAGCAAGUAGGAUACCUGGGGUUACACCAACUUCUAUUAUUAGAUUGUUGCAAUUUGCUAGAAAAGAAGAAACUAUUUAAAUAAA